AUGGUUUUUGCUGAAAUUGUAGGAACGUUAUCGUUUCUACAGCCCCAGGCUGAUGACGACAUCUCAGAUCGUUUACAUUAUUAUUAUACCACAACUUUCCUGCUCUUAACUGCCGUACUGAUCAGUCUUAAAAUGUUCGGAGGUAGGCCGAUCGAGUGCUGGCUUCCUGCUGAAUACAAGAGUAGUUGGGAAGACUAUACAGAAAUGUACUGUUGGGCCCGAAACACUUACUUUGCACCUUUUGAAUCGGAGUUACCGGAAGUUCAUGAUCGUGGCAAAACUAUGGUCGCGUACUAUCAAUGGGUCCCAUUCUUUCUAGUUUUCGUAGCUUUCAUGUUCUACGCUCCAUGUCUUCUUUGGAGAAUUCUAUAUGACAAAUCGGGGAUUCGUUUGAAAGACAUCAUGAACUUCGCCAACGACAAAGGAAACGUACAACCAGCUACUAGAAAGGCUAAUAUAAAUGGAUUAGCAGCUCACUUGUCGUCCGUUUUCAAGCAUCGAUUUCGUUAUAGCGAUCAUGAUACAAGCUUCAAGAGGCUUCGACACUUUCUGAAUCGCCUUCGGUUCUUCGAAGGAUAUCUCACGUAUCUGUAUUUAGGCAUCAAAUCUCUUUUUUUACUUAAUGUUUUACUUCAAAUGUAUUUACUCAGUAAGUUCCUCAAAAUGGAUUCCCAAGGAUUUUACGGCUACGGCAUUUUCUGGGAUCUCGUCAGCGGAGAAGGAUGGAAAGAAUCUCCGAAUUUUCCAGUUGUUACCUACUGUGAUAUGCAAAUUAGAAUAUUGGGACAUGUCCAAAGACAUACUGUACAAUGUGUUCUCGUUAUCAAUAUUUUCACAGAGAAGAUAUUCAUUUUACUAUGGCUGUGGUACACUUUGGUAGCUGUAGUAACCUUCGGAAGUAUCAUGUCAUGGAUUUUCAACUCUUUACCAUUUGACCAGCGUCAGAAAUUCAUAACUAGGCGGUUAGAAUUAGCUGAUGUGGAUUUCAAGCGACACGAAAGACAACUGGAACUGGAGGAAUUCGUGAGAGACUUCAUAAAAAUCGAUGGAAUUUUUGUAUUGCGAAUGAUAACGAUUCACUCUGGUGUACUUAUAUGUACAGAAGUUGUUGACACAAUGUGGGAUCAAUAUUUAACUGAGCAAGGACAUCAGGUCAUAAUCUCCCUUCUGGAUAGUCAGGGUAAGAGAAAUAAACUACCCUCAAACACCUCGCAGUUUUUCCUUUCUAUUCGUGAUAAACGCUCUAAACUUACAUAUUUAGGAAAACACGAAGAAAUGGAAAAAGAUUUAGAUCGAUCUCCGUCAGCUGGAGGUCUAUCGUUCGAUCAUGCUCAUUCUCGGGGUCGAAAGACAUCAGUAUUGGUACCUUUGGUUUCUCGUGAAGACUUAACUCAGUCAGCUGAACAGUUCCUCCGACCUCCUAGUCGAAUGUGA